AUGUCACCACAAACAAAAACUAAAGCAAAGGAUCAGUUCAAAGCUGGUGUUAAAGAUUAUAAAUUGACUUAUUAUACUCCUGAAUAUCAAACCAAAGAUACUGAUAUCUUGGCAGCAUUCCUAGUAACUUCUCAACCUGGAGUUCCGCCUGAAGAAGCAGGUGCAACGGUAGCUGCGGAAUCUUCCACUGGUACAUGGACAAUUGUGUGGGCCGAUGUACUUACCAACCUUGAUCAUUAUAAAGGAUGCCGCUACGAGAUAGAGCCUGUUCCCGAAGAAGAUAAUAAAUUUAUUGCUUAUGUAACUUAUCCCUUAGACCUUUUUGAAUAA